AUGGCAAUCGACAACAGCAUUCGCGAACAAGGAGACUCUUCCCAGAGAACCUCCUCAGAUAGGCGCGAUGACGACAUUGAGGAGUACGCCGACAUCAUCCCUGCGAGGUCCAAAACUGCCAAAGGAGAUGAUUCAUCGCAACCAAGCUUGGCAAAGCUUCCAUCAGGAGUCCUCAAUUACCAAGACGAUCCAGUGGCCCGUCAUCAAUCUAAUGUGGAAGUGCCCUACGAGAUAUACAAUCGGUUUUCAAAGCACCGCAAGCACAUCACUGUUGCCGUCAUUUCCUGGUGUGGUUUGUUGUCACCAAUCUCUAGUACGGCGGUCCUGUCAGCACUCCCUGAAGUUGCAGCCGAGUACAAGACUAGCGGAGAUAUCGUCAGUCUUAGCAAUGCGUUGUAUCUUGUCUUUAUGGCCAUUAGCCCCUGCUUUUGGGGGCCAUUGAGCCAAGUGUACGGCCGAAAAUGGGCAACACUCAGCCCCAACGUCCCGGCUUUCUUCGUGUUUCGCAUCCUGACCGCUUUUGCCGGAACAUCGUUCCUCGUCACCGGUCCUGCAGUGAUUGGCGAUUUGUAUCAUCCUACAGAACGCGCGACUGCGAUGGGUUGGUUCUUAUCCGGCACACUCAUUGGACCGACGAUUGGCCCAGUCCUCGGAGGUAUUAUUGUGACCUACACAUCUUGGCGUGCCAUCUUCUGGCUUCAAACCGCGCUCGCAGGUGUCGGCGUUGGAGGUGCCAUAUUGUUCAUGCCAGAGACGCUGCAAGAACUGAAAAAGGCAGGCCUCGAAGGGCUUGCAUUCAGUAAAAAGGUCAGCGUGCUAUGGGGCAUGACGAACCCGGUCAGAGUUGUUCGACUAUUCAAGUUUCCGAACCUCAUCCUGGUGGCAAUCGCCAGUGGCUCGCUCGUAUGGAACAUGUACGGCAUGCUGACCCCGAUCCGAUACGUUCUCAACCCUCGUUUCUCUUUGACGUCGCCGGCACAAUCGGGCCUAUUCUACUUGGCUCCGGGCUGCGGCUAUCUUGCUGGUACCCUCGUAGGUGGCCGCUAUGCCGAUUAUACAGUUCGGCGCUGGAUAGCCGAGCGACAUGGACGACGCAUUUCCGAAGACCGGCUGCGCUCUUGUCUUCCCUUCUUGGGGGCCGUUCUGCCGGGAUGUAUGCUCAUUUACGGAUGGACAGUCCAGCAGCGCGUUGGUGGCAUUGCUGUACCUGUCGUUUUCAUGUUCCUCGGAGGUGUAUCACAGCUGUUCUGUUUCCCCAGUCUGAACACAUACUGCUUGGAUGUGAUACAGGGACGCAGCGCGGAGGUGAUUGCGGGCAACUUUAUGGUAAGAUACCUCUUUGGUGCCGCUGGCUCGGCUGUUGUACUUCCAGCAAUCAAGGUAAUUGGAGUUGGAUGGUUCAGCACCAUUUCUGCCGGCUUCUUGGUGGUCGGAGCUCUCAGUGUUUGGGCUGUCGCACUCUGGGGUAGAAGUUGGCGCCAUCGUAUUGAUGAGAAGGCGAGACCAUCUAUACCAUGA